UCAACUGCGCAUGCGUUGACCUUAAGACAGAACGCGCUCUGUUUAAGUAGUUCUCCCUUUCUUACAGGGCUUCUACUGCAAUAUCAUACCAAAUAAAUAAAAGAUGCUGUGCAUAUUCUUGCUGUGAACCCAUGCCAUUUAGUAGCCACAUGGGACAUAGCGUACAUAGCCUGUCAACACAGCACGUGGACAGCACCGUCAGUAAAUAUGAAGCAACCAGGAAGUGUUUUGGCGGUUUAAUCGUUGCGAUGUUCGUUUUAACACAAUUGAUCACCGCUCUUGGAAAAGCGACCGGGUGCUUAACUGUCGCUGUUGUUGUAAUUGCAGCGGUUUUGAAUUAUUUUGAAGACGCUGAGCCGAUUAAAUAUACCAGCAUGACUGAGGACAUGAAGACCCUGGAGGAAAACUUCCGGCAGCAGAAUAAAAGCUGUUUUAUUCUCGGUGCUUCCGGGGAAACAGGCAAAGUGCUGCUUCAAGAGCUGCUAGGGCGCCGCAUAUUCUCUAAGAUUACUCUCAUUGGAAGGAGAGCACUCACCUUUGAGGACAAAGCAUAUGAAAAAGUGGUACAAGAGGUGGUGGAUUUUGAGAAGCUUGAUGACUAUGCUGCUGCCUUCCAGGGCCAUGAUGUUGGUUACUGCUGUCUGGGAACAACCAGAGCGAAAGCAGGAGCAGAAGGAUUCAUCCGUGUUGAUCAUGACUAUGUUCUAAAAUCAGCUGAGCUUGCCAAGUCAGGAGGCUGCACACAGUUCCACCUGGAGUCCUCCAGAGGAGCAGAUAAAAAAAGCAACUUCCUCUAUCUUAAAGUCAAGGGACAAGUGGAAGCAGAUGUUGAGGCGCUAGGUUUUGACAGACUUGCCAUUUACAGACCAGGGUUUUUAUUGGUAGAUAAACAGAAGAGUCGGCCAGGCGAGUGGUUGGCCAGGAAAUUCUUUGGUGCUCUUUUUGCUGUGGGCUCUAAAUCCAUGUCCAUCCCAAUCCAAAUGGUGGCAAAAGCAAUGGUGUCAAACACUCUGCUUCAACCUGAGCAGAAGACGGAGAUCCUUGAGAACCAAGCCAUUGCCAGUCUGGGA